AUGAGCGCUGCCACCAUGUCCAUAGCCACGGCGCUGACGCCGCAAGGCUCGCCCUCCAUGUCCUCCACAGGCACCAACACCUCUCCCGUCACUCGAGAACAGGACCGAUUUACUCCCGCAAAUUCCGCCCCUUCAGCCCCUCCCGCCACAGUCAAGCCUAUCCACAACAAGUCUGAGAAUGAAACGGCUUCCAACCCAGAGACCGCCAUUGGUAACAACCCCGCGGCCUCUACAGAGCCCUCCACCGCGGCCAACAUUACGACCGACGAUGCCACCAACACCGGUGCUGCCGACGAUGAGGAAAAGGGCAAGUUUGUAUGCCCUCUGUGUGAACACACCUUCACCCGACACCACAACCUCAAGUCGCAUCUGCUGACACACUCGCACGAAAAGCCGUUCACGUGUGAAACCUGCAACUCCAAGUUCCGACGUCUCCACGACCUCAAGCGUCACGUGAAACUGCACACUGGAGAGAAGCCCUACAACUGUGAAAAGUGUGGCCGAAAGUUUGCCCGUGGUGACGCCCUUGUCAGACACAUGAAGGGCUCUGGUACUUGCACUGGUAUUAAUGUCGAUGAGCGAGACUUCCAGGGCUACCAGCCAUUGCAGCCCAAGGGUCUGAACACCCCCGUCCAGGCUAACUCUCAGGCCCUUCAGCAGCCCCAGCAGCAGCAACACCAGCAGUCCACUCAGCCGUCUCCCGCCCAGGGAGGUCCUCUUCUAGCUCCGGCUCCCUCUGCUGCCCCUACUCCCACUCCUCAGCAGCCUUCUCAACAGCAGCAAUCUAAUACUCACGCUCACACUCACAGCCAUCCUGCUCCUGAUUCGUCGUCUCCUCCCCCUGCUAAGAAGCGAUCCAUCUCGCCUUAUCAGAACAAGAGCCCACCUUCGUUUGGCGCUCCCGGCGGAGGCGGAGUCCCUGCCCCUGUUACUUCCACUCGUCACGUCUCCCACCUUCCUCCUCCUCAGAUGUACGUGCCCAGCCACCACUCCGCACAGGCUCCUCCCCCUCCUCACGGCCGAGGCACCAUGCUGCCCUACCCCGCGGCCUCUGGCGCGCCUGGCUCGACCGAAGAGCAUCUUCUGGCGCUGGUCAAGACCCUGGAGUCGCGAAUCUGGUCUCUUGAGGAACGCAUCCACGUGACCGAGAGCCGAAUUGCGUUCCUGGAGUCUGCCCAGCGGCCCCAUUAA